CACUUAGUUAGGUAAAGACGUAAAGUCCCGCUGAGGACACUCCCAAACCACGAGGCUCUCCGCUUCGCUUUUCCUUCUUCCUCUUCUCGUCUCUCGAACGGUUCUGUUCUUCCAUUCCGCCUCGCUUUUGAUGUCAAUUUGCGAUUUGGUCUGCCCGCAAAGGUUUAUCUGAUAUGUUUUUCUUUUUUGAGGGGAUGAUUUGAUGUUUGUUGGAUUGGAUAGGAGGGAGGAUUAGGGUUUUGGUGAAGAUGGAUGCGCAAGGGUGUUGAAGAAUCCGAUGGAGGAGAAGAAGAUGGAUCUCGAAGCACCGCUGCUGUCCGUUCGGAGAUUCUCGGCGGGGCCGUCGGCUUCUCCGACGCUGCUACCGGAGGAGGAGGGCGAGGCGCGGCCUCCGCCGCCAAGGAGGGCAUCGCUUCCGUACUACAAGUCGGAUUUGAAAUCGGGCCCAGUGCGUGUUCCAGGGGUCGUCCCGUUCGUAUGGGAGCAGACUCCGGGGUUGCCUAAGAACGGGGCGCGAUCGGCCGUGGACAGCGGUGGGAAGGUGAUGAAGGUCCCCAAGCUUCCGCCUGGAAGGAUCCAGAACGGCAAGGGGGGAAACUCGUUUCGGGAUGCCUUGGCUCCGGCUGUGAAGGUUGGCAGCAGUGUGCGGACUCGUAAAGCUGUGACCUUUGCGCCCGAUGCUGGAACUGCCAAUUCUUACGAGUCUUCUGAGGACGUGCCUAAGAUUGUCGUGGAUGAGAGGGUAGAGAAGAUUGAGAAGGAAAAUAAGGUAGAAAAUGCCGAUAGGAUUGAGAUGCCAGUGAAGACAGAGAAUAUGGAAGAGAUUGAGGUGGAGGAAACGGUUGAAAAUGAAGAGAGGAUUGAGAAAGCUGAGAAGGUAGAGAAAAAGCUAGAAAAGCAGCCCGUUUCAGCCUCAGAGAAUCAUAAUAAAGAAGACAAUGUUGAAGAAGACGCCUUCUCUGAUGCGCUUGAUACACUAUCACGAUCGGAGUCAUUCUUCAUGAAUUGCAGUGUCAGUGGCAUUAGUGGAAUCCCAGAUGUGGCCAAGUUCUCGGGCAACUUUCUCAAGGAUCCCGAGCUCAGGGAUUUCAUGAUAGAGAGGUUCUUGCCUGCUGCACAGGCAAUGUCUUCCGAUUCACCCCAUUAUACCUUUAAAAAAUCAGCUGCACCUCCACGAGCGGCUACGAAGCUUCUUGAGAGGGUUGAAACUAGUGAUCCUGCCAAGAGGCCACCUAUUCCCCUCCAGAAAAAUUAUGCUUAUCCCGAACAGUAUGCUAAGGAGUUGGAGGAAGAGGAUACCUAUGAUGAAGACGGUGAAGAUGAGAAGUGCUAUGAUGAUACUGGCCAUUUUCCUUCUAAAGGUUGUGGAUUGCUUCCUCAAUUUUGUUUGAAGAGUUCAUUCUGUCUUCUAAAUCCAGUCCCAGGGAUGAAAGUUCGAGGAAGACACUUGCCUUCAGCAAGGGGAAAGUCUGGAAGCCCACAGAUCAAGAAUGUAUAUCCAAUAUCUCUUGUUCAAGUUGAAGAGCUCUCAUGGGAAGCUGUUUAUGGAAAAAAAUUGGGUCUGGAACAUUCUCCCCAGAAAGAAGUGAUAGGUAAAUUGAGUGAAUCUGAUACUCUUACAGCUGAUUGUUCAUCUGCAUUUGGUAAUUCAGUGGCUACCGGAGGUACAACCCCUGAUAAAAAUGAUGGGCAUCCAUCAACUGUUCAUGAAAGGAAGGAUUCUGUUGGAAUUCUAAGCAGAGAAAGCAAUUGUAGUAAGAUUGAUGGUUCUGAUGCUGGCGAGAAAAGCAGCGGAAGCUACAGGGAAAUAAAUCACAGCAACCAAAUAGGUUCAGAGUCCAUGAGCUCUUUAUUGGACAAAACUCUGCGUGUAGAUUCAGGUAAUAGACCAGGAUCUUCGGACUCAAAGGCUAGUUCCUUCUAUGCUGUCAGUGAUACUAGAAGUAUGAUGAGUUCUGGUGAGAUUGGUAUAGAUAGUUGGAGUAGAGAAAGUAUAGUUGCUGGAGCUGAUAAAAAAAAUGCGUUGCAACCAGAAGUCACCAAAGUUUCUAUGCCCAUUUCACUCUUCCCUUCAAAAAGAUUAAAUAAUGGGAAUAUGGAUGUUGAUGAUAAUAGAAAUCGUGGCAAUGAUAGUGAGCCAUUGCAUUUGAAGAGUGGCAUUAAUCCUUUGCUGUCACUGCUGCCUCCACCAUUGCCGAAAUCACCAUCAGAGUCUUGGCUUUCUAGAACUUUGCCUUCUGUCUCAUCAAAAAAUCCAGCUCCACAGUCAUUAUUAGGCAUUCAACUUCAGAAUAGGAAACAAACCGUGCAAACACCCUCUAAUGACGUGAAACAAGAAACGAAUAUCAGGCCUUCAAGAUCACGACGUCGACAGAUUCGAUUCGCUGAGGUGCUGUCAAAACCUGACUCACAAAUAUAAGAAAAAUGAGGUGUAAACUUACUUUUCUUCCACCAUCACACCAUAUCUUAUGAUUACAGAGGAUAGAGAAGGUAAUACAGUUUAGUUUUUUUUUUAACUCCCCUACUUUAUUUAUAGGUGGUUUGACCUCGUGGCGAUUCUUCUGGCAAUCUCAAAUGCGCUUCCCUUAUUAAUUCCUUUAUUAUGCUGUAUGUAACUUGAGCUAUUGCUCGUUCAAAAUAUUUCAUUCUUGUAAAUUAUAAAUUGUUCAACAGGAGGACUAAACACAUUGUCUUAACCACAUGUCAAUCACUUGUGCAGCAAUAUGCAUGUUGUGUUA